AGGAACGUGACAGCAAACCACACACACACAAAAAAGAUUGUGAAAUUCCACUGAAAUGAAGUUCAAUCUAUACACCUGAUGCAUGGCAUUUAAUCGUUGGGCAACACAGUCAAUCAGGACCGGAUUGAGACACAAGUUUUCCUAGAUUUUAACAUACAGCUGCACAUUGAACCCUUCUUAUCCUCUAGACAUCGGGUUAUUAUUGCAGCCCAUCAAGUUCUCUAGGCAUUGAAGUUUGAAGAAGCACAAGUAUGGGAGAAUGGGGCUUCCUCUCCAAGCUGUUGGACAAAGUGCAGUCUCACUCCACAGUCAUCGGGAAGGUGUGGCUCACUGUACUCUUUGUCUUCAGGAUCAUGGUUCUCGGGGCCGGAGCAGAAAAGGUGUGGAGUGAUGAACAAUCUAAACUGGUCUGCAACACGAAGCAGCCAGGUUGUAAGAAUGUGUGCUACGAUCACACCUUUCCAAUCUCCCACAUACGCUUCUGGGUUCUCCAGAUCAUCUUUGUGUCCACACCAACACUUCUGUACUUCGGUCACGUUCUGCAUGUCCUCCACAAGGAAAAGAAACUAUGUCAACUUGCCGAAAGCCAGGCUGAGACUAAAGGCCUCAAAUAUCACAAAUACACUGAUGAUCAUGGAAAAGUUAUAAUCAAAGGGCAAUUGUUAGGCAGUUACCUGGCCAGUCUGAUUUUUAAGAUCUUGCUUGAGGCUGCGUUUAUUGUAGGCCAGUACUAUAUUUACGGUUUCAUAAUGCUCCCUAAAAUAGAAUGCUCCCAGUCUCCUUGCCCUUACACUGUAGAGUGUUUCAUGUCUAGACCUACAGAGAAGACAAUUUUUAUCAUCUUUAUGCUAGUAAUGGCAUGUGUUUCUCUGCUGCUGAAUGUGGUAGAGAUGUUCUACCUGAUUUGCCGCAGGUCAAAGAAAUAACAAGGUGCACAGCGUUCAUUCCCCCAACACCUAAAUGGAUCCAAAAUGUACAUUACAGGUGCGGCAAGCUCUGAAAAAAAUUUGAGGAUAAAAAAAAGGAAGGGUUCACAAAAAUAUUUUUGUAAAAAAAAAAUCUGUCAUUAUUUCCUCAUCCAUAUUACUCACUUUUUUCUGUGGAACACAAUAUAUAUAUAUAUAUAUAUAUAUAUAUAUAUAUAUAUAUAUAUAUAUAUAUAUAUAUAUAUAUAUAUAUAUAUAUAUAUAUUUAUUUAUUAUAUAUUUUUUUUUUUUCUGUACUUCACAUGUCUUUUUUCCAUAGGCUAUAAUGAAAGUAAAUAGUGACUCCAGCCUGUCAAGUUCCUUAAAGAACAAAAAGUAAAUAAAAGUAUUUAAAAAUGAGAAUUACAUCAUUUUCAUUUUUGGGGGUUGAGUUAUUCCUAUAGUGCUGUUAAAGAUGCAGUAGCUAAAUAAAUCUUAUCUCAGAUUUUUAUAAUUGAUAUUUGAACCUGUAUUGUAAUAAAAAGUAUUUUAAUUUUGUUAUAAGUUUGCACAGUUUCAGUUUCCUGUUGUAUGAUUAUUUGUAUUUUGGACAAUGUUUUGCCAGAAUAUUUUUGUGAGUUGCAAGAAUGAAUGCUGGUGUAUAUCUGUCGAUCCAUAGGGUAUUUCAGGUAGUUUUAUGAGGAUUAACCAUUAGUAAUGUAUAUGGUUUCAGUGAUGUUGAAGAGCAGAAUGUAGGACAAUAUCCUCGUUUGAAAUAAACCUUUUGAAAAGAAACCGAUUUCUUUUAUCAUGAGAUAUCUCCAUUUUAAAGGGAUUUUUUUUUUUUGGGGUUUGUUUGUUCAAAAA